AUGAGCACCGCUGCUGACGAUGGGAAGUGGGACGUGGAGGACAGCCUGCGGCCGCGACGCGCCAACCGCGGCAACUUGAUGCAGGAGCUCCUUGAGAAGGGGCUCAACUCGGAGGAGGAGAACCUGUUGAACGACCUCAGCGAGGCCACGACUGACAGCGCCUUCAGCAGCAGCGGGGAGGAGGCGAUGGACGAGAUUGACAGCGACUUCUCUGAAGAGGAGGUGGAGGGCGUGUUGCACGACGCGGAGGUGACGACGGAGGCGAUGCUCCAGCAGGAGGAGCGGCAGGAGCGGCAGAAGGAGCGUCAGCGUGCACUGCGGCGCAUGGGACAGAACGUGCCGCAUCGCAAAGGCGCCGCCGCAACAGACGCACCGAAGGCUGCAACUCUCCGGUUGCGACCGCUGUCAACAAUACCGCGGGAGGAGCGGCUACGAAGGGCGCAUAAACGAGCGCGGGAAGUUCGUGUAGCGGCGGCGGCGGGGGAACACGACACGGCGGGUGCGAUGCUGAUAACCUCGGCGGGAGGCGUGUCGGCGUACAACGUAGGCAAGUCUAUGGAAAAACGCCGACGUAUUCAUGGCAAUCGUGCACGGCCUGUGGACCCCGUGCCGGAGGCUGAAGAGGGAGAGGAGGUGUCGCAGCGCAUCUGCUACACAAGCAGCAGGGGUGUUUUGGAGAAGUUUGGUGUGCCGGUGGUGAUAUCCUUCUCCACCUGUUUGCCACGGCUGUUUCAGAGCAGAAACGUAAAGUGA